AUGGAUAACUACAGUUACGAUGAUUACGAAUAUGUUGAUGGUGUGAAACGGCAAAUGGAAAAGGAUAGCUCCGCAAAUGAGAUUAUUACUCCCACAUACAAUAUAAAGGAUGACAUACAAGACGACAUGCACGACGAAAUACACGACGACAUACGAGACAUAAAAGAAGAACACCAACGUUAUUUUGAUGAAAGUGAUAUGAGCCAUUUGCUGGAUUAUCCUGAACCAGGAAACAGCAUUGAUAACCUGGUAUAUAUGCGCAAUGAGGUUACCAAUUUAUAUCACUGCGACCAGUGUCCAUUGGAAUUUAAAUUGCUGCGAAACCUAAGGCGACACCUGCUAACGCACUCCGAUAAUCGGCCAUUUAAUUGUGAAUUUUGUGAAAAGACCUUUAAACGCAAGGAUAAUUUGCAAAAGCAUUUACGUGAUAUACAUUCCGAAAAGCAUUUUUCAUGCAAGGCAUGCGAUAAAGGUUUUGCCACCUAUGGCCAGUUACAACGACAUCAGCUAACACAACGUCACCGAAAAAACCGAUGA